UCGUGCAGGCUGCCGAGUUCCUCGUCGAUAGCACGGAACUCGCCAGAUUCCUGCAAGCAUCGGUUAAAAUUAACCAUUGCUAUCUUAGUCAUAGGAAAUCCUCCGAUAUAGUUCUUUACAAAAUGUUCGAUGAACAAGAAGCGUAUUUCCACUACCUCGCUAAGCUGCAACAGAUUCUGAACACUUUCAACGCCAUCAUCGGCACUCUCUCGCGGCGUAUGUUCGAGAUCGUCGACUUGUUCCACGCGGGGCCGAAGAAUGCGUGGACGUACCUCGCCAAGCACAGGCUGCAGCCGCUGCGCAACCGGUGCGCCCUCGCAACCGCCGUCUAUCGCCACGCGGACAUCGAUUCUGAGGAAAUGAAAUCUCUUCGCAAAUUUUGCCCCAAAGAACUCAAAUGGAUCAAUGGUACUGCGACCCUGUUCAUUCGGCGCCUGUCGCUGUGGCCGGCGGAGGAGAAGCAGCGCCGGUUGGGCGUUUUCAGGUGCUAUGAGGUGUACGGCGCCAAGCUGCUGCUGCCGCUGGUCGAGCUGCUCGCGCUCGGCAACGCCGUCGCCGCGCUCGCGCCCGACAAUAGGAUCACCAAAUACUUGCUCGAAGAGGUGGAGAAGGUGGACAUCAACGAGGAGUGCAACAAGAGCCGUCCCACCGACGAAGACUACAAGGAGUACCGAGCGUACCUGGACUACAUCAGCGGCUGCUGCCUCUCCGCGCUCGACUCCCCGCGCGCCGCCAUCAGGUCGCUCUCCAAAGUUACGAGGUCAUUUCUGAACAUACCUCAAGAUCACGACUAUUAUUUGACUCCGUACGCCUUGUUGGAGUCUGCGGUGUGUUUCCAGAAGCUAGGGCGCGAGCGGCGCGCGAACCGCCUCAUGAGGAACGCAAAGAGACAUUUCUACCGGAAGUCGCCCGAGAUGCGCACUCUGUACAACAUGUACUCGAACGUUCUGGACAAAGCCAGGGUGAAGCCGGACGUGAAGCCUAAGGAAGAACCAUUCAUAGAUAUAAGUUCUAUUUCCUUGUAAUUGUAUGCGCUUUAUGUCAAUGCUUAUAUCGAAUAUUAAUUAUGUGCACGUUGUUGAAUCCAUAUCGACCUUCAAUUACUCGAUGUUUAGAAGAAACUGUGUCAUUAUAUCUGUGACUUUAAACAUUUCAACUUAACAUAUUGGUGUUUAGAUGUAAGUACUUACUAUGUUACGGUGAUCUCAAACUCGGGAGACCAGCUUCUCUGAUAACAAUUUAUGUUUUCCUCUUUAUUUUUUCCGUGGUCUUCUUCUAUCGACUAUUUUGAAGAUGUGUCGGGUUUUACAUUGUGAUAUUUUUAUUUUUAUUGAAAGACUUCGUCCUAUAGAUAAAGUGGCAAUUUGUGGAAGCGAUAAAAUUUCAAAGACAAGUUACGCGGGUAAAUUGGUAUCUUAGAUACGAGAGAUACAGUAGGAGCUCGGGCGCAAUGUUGGUAGCGAUCGCUAUCUCCAUCCCGGAAAGGGUCGACAAACGAGAGCUAAUUGAGAGCUUAUAUAUUUUAUAUAUUUAUUUACUUUUAUUAUUAAAAUGACUAAUAACUGAUUUAAUAUUUCAA